AUGGCAACUGGUAGACCAAAAAAGUACCACCUCAAAGGUUUUGCCUUUGCACUUCAGGUAUUUCUAGUGUUGGUUGCACUACAUUUGGUGCUGCACGAAGAUAAUGCCUACAUCCCUAGCAUACUACAUUGGAGGAGCAAUAGUUCAGCUCGUUUUCAUGAGCUAAUGAGCCAAGUAUUCGAGAACCAUGAGGGUAAACUCGUGUCCAAUGAGUUACGCACUUUGAAGCGUGACUUUCAAAGGACAAAGGAUGAAUUGGCCAAUGUAGCCCGUUCAAAUAAAGCGCUUCACAACAGAGUUCAUGAGUUGGAAGAAAUGGUACGCAAUGAGUCAUUGAAACUGGAAAGAGAGUUUGCAAAAAGUAAAAAAUGUGUGGAGGAUUUCGGCAAGACACUCGCUUAA